AUGGGGGAAUCUCUUCCAGAAGAAGCGCCUUUCCCGCUAACUGAAGUCGAUAAAUGGGUUCUUUCGCAAACGGACGAGGAAUUUCACAAGCAUGACUGGCAGGAGCUAAAGGAAAUCAUCGAAACGAACAAUCUAUCAGUUUUGAAGCGCAAACCUUCUGACCUUCGCCGGUAUAUGGCAUGGACAGCCGAAACAAAAGCAGAGUAUGGCUCUAUGACAAACUUCCUACUCGCGAACCGCCUCCCCAAGGAAUGGGGCAGCCCGCCUUUCACGCCCGCUUCUUCCAUCCCAUUCGAGGAUCCCUCAGAUUACCGUGUCCUGAUCAAUGACUGGCCCUACGGCUUGGAUCCAGAAAUUCGGCACAUUGUUGUAUGGUUGCGCACGACUAUUCCAACAGACCCCGAGACUGGUGAUAUGACGCCUGAGAGUAGAGCAUUGGUUCGGUCUUUUGUCAAAAAGACAUUCAUUGAUGCCCUUGGUCCGGAUGGAGAGAAGCGAGUGUUGUGGUUUAAGAAUUGGGUCGCUCUUCAGAGCGUACGCGCUCUAGAACAUGUCCAUAUUUUGGUCCGUAAUGUAGAUGGCGAUACCCUGGAGCGCUGGACAGGAGAGCGUCCAAAGCAAAGCACUUAG